UAAUGGCAACUCCUGGGAUUGAAGCCAAUUCUGUUGAUGGACAAUUGACUGAAGCUGAGCGUGAAUUGAUCCUUGAAGAGUUGAAAAAGACCGAGGAUGAAGUUGCAACACUUCGUCAAGUUUUAGCUGUCCGUCAAAAGCAAGUAGCACAUUUAAAACAUAAAUUGGGGAUUUCUCCUUUUAAUGAGCUGACAAGUGAAAUGGCGCAAGGAAUUCGGACUGUUAAGGAAACACCAGCAUUUCAGAAGACUAGUGAAUUUGUUGGAGGAACUGCAGAGACUGUUGCCAAUAAAUUUAAUGAUAUUCGCAAGUCUUCAUUUUUUAAAUCAUUUGAAACUAAGAUUGGAAGUGCUGUUAACAAUGCAAAAAUGGUAGCUUCAACUUCAAUUGAUCAUCUGGCUAAUGUUGCUGGGGGUGGAUCGAGAACUCCUCAAGAAACUGGAGAACGUAAAGUUGUUGGGUCGCCUCCGCCGCCACCGCUCUCAUAA